UUAGAUAGUCAUGUUGGCAAAGUGCGACUGAUAUAAUCGGUCUGGCGAAUAAAAAACGCCGCGAAAACAUUUUACCAACUCGUUUCAACUGACGUUUAAGAGGUUCUGGUGACACUAGCAACAUGGAGGGUCAUCAGGUACAAGCCCUGUAUGACUUUACUGGAGAGCCAGGGACUGCCGAGCUCUCCAUCAAUGCUGGCCAAAUUUUAACCGUCAUCAGAGCUAACGUUGGAGAUGGAUGGUGCGAGGGCGUUAAUCAGAGUGGAAAGUCUGGACUCUUUCCGGCUGCUUAUGUACAGCCUGUUGAUCCCAAUGCUUCCGCGCCUCCAAUGACAGGCAGUACAACGUCGUCGCAACAGGGUACGGGGGAUUAUUGGGAUGACGAUUGGGACGAUGACUCGGAAGCUGGUCACGAUACGCCAGCUCCUGUCAAUCAACAACAGCAUCACCCACAACAGGCUGUACAACCGUCGUCGCAACCGGUAUAUCCGGAUUACGCAGAUUCAAUUUCAACGCAUACGGUUCACUCAGUCAUAUCGGAAAGACCGAUAUCUAACGUCCCUAAAAAGAAUACAAAAUUUUCAACCCUCAUCAAGUCGGGGGAAGACAGUUUUUUAAUGGGAACAAAAAUAGUCGUUGUACCUGAUAACGAGAGAGUGUUUAUAGAGGAAAAUGAAGAGAGACGAUGUGUGUGGGUGCCGGCUAUAGAUACGUACAAUUGCGUUGUUACUUCACCUAAGAAAGAGUCUAAGCUCAAGGGACUCAAAAGCUUCAUUGUUUACCAGUUGACACCGACGUUUAACAAUAUACAAGUGUCGAGGAGAUACAAGCACUUCGAUUGGUUACACGAAAGACUGGAAGAAAAAUACUGCUUUAUUCCAAUACCGCCAUUGCCGGAUAAACAAAUAUCGGGUCGUUACGAGGAACAGUUUAUAGAGCAUCGUAGAACUCAGCUUCAAGAAUUUGUCGAUUACGUUUGUAGACAUCCGGUUUUAUGUCGCAGUCGAGUAUGGGAACAUUUUAUGACUUGCACAGACGAGAAACGAUGGAAGGCUGGAAAACGGCAGGCGGAAAAAGACGAACUGUUGGGAGUGAAUUACUUCAACGUACUUCAGUGUCCGGACACACCUUUGGAUCCGGUUAAAGUCGACAUAGAGAAUGACGCUUUUGCCAAAUUUAUCAACGGACUUGAUCCGGUCGUUAAAAACUUUAUGGCAAUGGCUGUUGACCAGUCAAAGAAACACCAGGUUUUGUACAAGAGAGAAUUUCAGAAAAUUGCCCAGUCUUUUACAUCCUUAGGUUUUGCUCUUGACGCCGACGAUAAUAGUAGAGGUAUACUGAAUUCCGCUUUAAAAGUAACGGGAGAUGCUUACAACGAAAUUGGAAAAUUGUACGAGGAACAACCGAAAUUUGACUGGGAACCACUUGGCGAUAAAUUUCAUAUUUAUAGAGGAAUAAUUAGUAGUUUCCCCGACGUUAUUAGCAUACACAAGAGCGCCGUACAGAAGCGAAAGGAUUCGGAGAGGCUAGUCAGCGAGCAUAAAAUGGAGCCGCAACAAUUACGAGAACUUUCGCAUCGAACCGACGUAAUAGCCAGAGCUCUGAUGGCAGAGGAAACACAUUUUCAAAUGGAACGCGAGGUCCACAUCAAACAAGCUAUGAAAAAUCAUCUAACCGAGCAGAUCGCUUUUUAUAAAAAAAUUGUCAACAAAUUGCAGGAAGCGUUGAAUGCUUACGACGGUUGAAAAUUAAAUUGAACAGCAAGAGGUACUAACGCUCAUAAUCUCUGUACGCAUAAGCAAUAACACGAUUCAUUUCUCUCGUACUAGUUGAAUUUUUGUUCAUUCGCUUUUUGUCAGACUCGUCAAAAUGGGGAAAAAUUUAAUUUCGUCAUGUCCGUACUGAUAAAUUUAUACAAAUUCUAAUAACGAUUUCGAAACUUUUACCAUCGUUACAUUUAACGUUCGGUGAGUUACGCGUCUGGAAAGCAUGUGAGAGAGUAAAAAGUAUCUAAAAAAUAAAAUGCUUACCUUGUUAUCAUAGAUUCCUAUACGUCACUUGCCGUUACAUGCGUUAUGAAUGAUUGUUGACCUGUAAAUAAUUAGCUAAAUCUAUCCGACUGUAAAUCGUACGUUGCUAACAUCGGUACUUGUAUAGUUUAGUAUAUUCACCUUUUUUUUUUUUACCCCGAUUCGUCCAAUUGCUACAGGGGCCAAAACUUCGUAAAACAAGAUAACGUGUUGUAUAUAUGUACAACUUUUCGAUGUUGAAUAUUUUGAUAUGAUAAAUUGAAUGCAUUUACGUCAAAUAGCAUUUAUAUAGAACUUACGCUUAUGGGUGAUUUUUUUUUUUCCUUGAUCCUUCAAUUGCAUUCUUGUUUAGCUUUCGUUAAAUCAACAUUUCGGAUAUAAUUAUUGAUUAUAUUCGAAAGGUGCUCCAACUUUGACGUUCAAAGUUAAUGAAUCAUUUAAUAUAUGGCAUCUUUUGUGUGUGUGUGUGUGUGUGUGUGGCUAGGGUGGUCAUUAAAAAUAAUUAUUUUUGAACUGCGACGGUCUCACCUCCUAAAUUGGCUCCAAAUAAUUCACCAACGAUUCUCUAAUUGUUUCAGAGUUUUAUCUCAACUUUAACCUGCGCCGCCAGAGAGUCGAUUUUCCCAUUUAACCCUUUUCAAGGGAACAGUAAAACUGCCAAACAGAUUUUGAUGAAAUUUGAUGGAGGAGGGUUUCUUGGAUCGCUGAUUACGUAUGAUGACUCGAAAUUUAAAGAUUUCAAAAUCUGAAAAAAUUUGGGAAUUAUUUUUGAAUCCUUUGGAGCUGAUUCGGUGGUUGAGACAUUCGAAAUUCAUAAAUUUCAAGAACCAUUCUAGUGUGUAUGUUAUGUAUCAUCGUAUUAGUGCGCCCGUGUGUCCGCGUAUAUACAUAUACAAAUACCUUUUACAGUUGAAAUUUUGACAAUUUACAAUACGAGGUCGGUAUGAUAUUUAUUUCAGUAUCGCACGAGUAACGAUUAUCAAUGUCAUUAAUAUUACUAUUAUUAUUAUUAUUAUUCUUCUUAUUGUAUAAUUUUCUCUUCAAAAACCAAAUUUUAACUGGAAAAUCGUAAUCCGUAUAAAUAGGUAUACUUAUCCGUAUAUUAUAUUUAUAUAUUUAUAUUCGUAGGUACGAAUAUUUCAUCUGGAAUAUACAUUACCUUGUGCAUAUUACUAGUAUUUAUUGUUAUUAUUAUUAUUAUUUUAUUUUUUAUUUUAUUUUUUAUUUUUUUUUUUAUUUUACGAUUUUGGGAGAUCUAAAAUUAACAAUUUUUCUAUCGAAGGGAAUAACCGAUUCUUGAAAAUUGAUUCAUACGACGCGUAACAAAUAUUCCAAGUUUUAGUGAAAAAAUUAUUUUCCGCAUUAUUCACACAGUCAAUGAAUUGAGAAGGUCUGAAAUAAAAUAUUAAUAUAAUGAAAGAUAGAAACUGUGAUAUGCGGUAAUCGGAGUGGUUCAAAAUCACAUUAUUAGUUGAAAAUAUAGCAACCAAGAUUCGAUUUCGAUUUCAAAAAAGUUCAUCGUAACAUCAAAAUUGACCAAAUAAUUUGAUGCGAAAAAUUUAUUGUGUAAAAUUCCAUGUUCGUGGCGAUAAUAAUUAGAUGGACUGUAAAAUUAUGUCAAUACGAAUUUAUCUUCUCGCACAUAUAUGUGUAAAUUAUGUAUCGAAACAGUGAAGCAUUUUGUAUAUGUAUAUAAUAUUUAUAAACAUCUGAAAACUCAAAAACACUACUCACAAUUAAUUUUAUAAAUUGUAUGUCAUAUGUCAUUUGGAUGAAGAUUGUUCCAUGUUGUUAUGCGAACGAAUCGAUCUUUAAUAAACUUGUAUUAUAUUACAAUUUCUAUAUUCGUUUAAACUUUCAUCUACUCGAGGACGAUUUUUGCCGUCAUUUUUAUUAUGCCCUGCGGGUUUUAUUCUUCUCUCGCAUAAAAUUCGCUCUGACUGUUUUCGCGAAAAUAGUGAAAAUAGUGAACAAUAGUUAGUAAU